GUCGGAGUGGGUGUUUCCGGGAAAACAAUGCUAACAGCUAACAGCUAAAGAAACCGAACGUCCUGUCAGUUAUCAGACCGGGCCACCAUCUGCAGGACGGGUAGAACCACAGCAGAACUUCUCGUCAUGCAGCUGCUCAGCUAAAGAAGCUUCUGGAAGCUUCGUGUGCUCGCGCUCUGUUUCCAUGGCUACGGAGGAGUUGUACGAGGUGGAGAGGAUUGUGGACUGUAGAAGGACCAGGAAGGGGAAGGUGGAGUACCUGGUCCGGUGGAGGGGUUAUAGUUCAGAAGGAGACACCUGGGAGCCUGAGAGUCACCUGUCCACCUGUAUGACCUAUGUCCAGGACUUCAACCGGCAGAGAGCCACCACCUUAAUGCGCUCCACCCGCAGCCCUUAUAGCUCCGCCCACAGAAUGCCCUGCAGGCCUCCACCUGCUGCUUCUCGCAGUGACCCGGGCCAUGAUGCUAGCAGAGGACCACCUGGAGACCCUGUUCUAAUGAAGACACCUGCCAGCUUAAAUCACCUGUCCUGUCCCUCACCUGUCCUCACCCAGCAGGUUCCACCAGCUGACAGCUUUAGUGCUGCUCUGAUGUCAGCAUCUUCAGCUGGCUCCGCCCGCCGCAGCCUGGAUCUGUCCAAGAGCGGCAUCAAGAUUCUGGUUCCAAAGAGUCCAAUGAACCCCCGACUGGACUCUGAGGAGUCUCCCAGCGAGGCGGCUCACAGCCUGGAGGCCGGCGCUAAGGAAGCACACCUGGUUCCACCUGAGGUCGCCCUGCUGGAGAAACCUGCAGGAGUACAGCUGGGUCCUGGAGAGGAAAGAGCCCGUAUGGGGACCAGACCCAGGAACCAGAACCCACUGCCUCCUCCACCACUGGUCCCUAUCACACCUGCCGCCAUGUGCACUCUCAGUGGCUCAGGUGAGUCCAGAGUCUGAUCACAGGUGAGUCCAGAGUCUGAUCACAGGUGAGUCCAGAGUCUGAUCACAGGUGAGUCCAGAGACUGAUCACAGGUGAGUCCAGACAGAGUCCAGACAGACUACAGGUUUCAACCCAUCCUCAAUUCAUCAUUUGUCAAAUAUUUGGUCUGAUAUCUGUGGUCCAGUCUGACCUCUACUCUGACCUCCAGUCUGACCUCUAGUCUGACCUCCAGUCUGACCUCUAGUUUUACCUCCAGUCUGACCUCUAGUUUUACCUCCAGUCUGACCUCCAGUCUGACCUCUAGUUUUACCUCCAGUCUGACCUCUAGUUUGACCUCUAGUCUGACCUCCAGUCUGACCUCCAGUCUGACCUCUAGUCUGACCUCCAGUCUGACCUCUAGUCUGACCUCCAGUCUGACCUCCAGUCUGACCUCUAGUCUGACCUCCAGUCUGACCUCUAGUCUGACCU